ACCACUCUCCAUGCUCUCUCUUACUCUUCCCAGUUCAUUCCACUUUCUGAUUCUUUCAUCGUUCUUCAAAGUUCUGUCAAAUUAAAUAAAAACUCGACCUUAACUCAACCCCUUCUCUUCCUUUCUCACACGUUCAAACCAAUUAUUUUAGUUUCUCUUUCACUCUGUCAUGGAAGAGUUAAUCUUAAAAACAGAGAAAGCCAACGCUAUUAGAAGACACAACAUCUUCGGCGCCAUUUCCAAAACCCUUCGCAUUCUCGAACUUUGCAUCGUUCUAAUCCUACUCUCGUGGAUCCUCACGCGCCUUCCCUUCGCACUCUCACUCUCCGUUCAAUUCCUCCGCCGCCUCGCCGCCUUCGCCGCCAGCCCUCUCUUCGUCUUCGCCGUCUCCAACGCCAUCAUCGCCGCCCUUCUCGCCCAAUCCGCUCGCUCCGCUGCCCACCACUCCGCCGAUGGACUCUACCGGCAGUUCCUCAACAGCCGCCAUAUCUACGCGCCUCCGUCCGAGCCCUCCGCGCCUCCACCGCACGCGUCGCCUGAGGUGGAGUUCCACGACAAGCAGGUCAUCGCCGAGACGGUUCAGGAUCGCGCUCGCGCGUGUGCCGACCCUGGAGCCGAGGUCGCGAAGUAUCGCCGGAGUCAGUCGGAGAAGUGGAAGGGCGACGCCGGGAAGGUGACGCGACGGCGACAGCUCCGGCGCUCGGAGACGGAGAAGCAGCGGGAGAACUCGCCGCAAAUUUUGUACCCGCAGGAUAAGCUGAGCAAUGAGGAGUUCCAACGCGCCAUAGAAGCGUUCAUAGCGAAGCAAAUGAGGUUUCUACGGGAAGAGUCUUCCGCCAUUGUUGUUCAGAAUCCGUAG